AUGACUUACACAUUGGCAAUUUUAGGUUGUGGUGUCAUGGGCCAAGCGCUCCUUUCAGCCAUUUAUAAUGCUCCAAAGGCCGCUGACGAAGCGACGGCUGCGUUUUAUCCUUCCAAGAUCAUCACGUGUAACCAUGAUGAGCCUAGUGCACAACAAGUUACCGAUCUGGUCGAGGCAUUGGACGAAUCACCCAACGGUAUCAAAGUGGAAAGCACCUACGGUCACAACGUGAGUGCUGUCAAAGAGGCAGCCGUGGUUCUUCUUGGUACGAAGCCAUUUCUGGCUGAAGAAGUAUUGAAGGGUGUCGAAGGUGUCAUCGAGGGAAAGCUACUUAUUUCCCUAGCUGCCGGUUGGACCAUUGACCAAUUAAGCCAAUACACCAGCACUGUGUGCCGUGUUAUGACCAACACACCUGCCAAGUAUGGGUACGGUUGUGCGGUGGUGUCGUAUUCCGCUGAUGUUUCCAAGGAGCAAAAACCAUUGGUGAAGGAGUUGAUCAGUCAAGUCGGUAAAUACGUCGAAUUACCUGAGAAAAACAUGGACGCGGCUACUGCGUUAGUCGGUUCAGGCCCCGCCUUUGUUUUGUUGAUGCUAGAAUCCUUAAUGGAAAGUGGAUUGAAGUUGGGAAUCCCACUGCAAGAGAGCAAAGAAUGUGCCAUGAAAGUCCUAGAGGGAACGGUCAAGAUGGUUGAGAAGAGCGGUGCCCACCCAUCCGUUCUGAAACACCAGGUUUGCACACCAGGUGGCACAACCAUUGCCGGGUUAUGUGUUAUGGAGGAGAAGGGUGUCAAGAGUGGUAUUAUCAAUGGUGUGGAAGAAGCAGCCCGAGUGGCAUCCCAGCUAGGCCAAAAGAAAAAAUAG